AUGAUUGAGACUUGCCUAGCGAAUCAAUUUGGUUAUCCGAAGAUGAAAAAAAGAGGGGUUCUAAUCUGUCAGCUAGUCUUGUCUGGCGCUAUUCUUCAAGAGCCUCCUUCUAAGAGGGACAUGUUGAAUGGCCCAGUUAAUGGCUCUUGGUCAGUGCAGCAAUUUGGUGCGCAAGGCCUGGGCUCGAGCCUUGCUGUGGGCUCUAACCCAGGAGCUGUUGAGGCUGCCGUCCGAGCAUGA